ACUCAAAUCUGUGGGUACUCUGUUCAAUUUUUCCUCAAAAUAAUAAAUAAAUAAAACAAUUAAUUAUUAAUUAAUUUAAGAAAAAAACAAAACCAAACACGUUUUCUCUAAUUUUACAUUACCAAAUCCAACAUUCAUUCUUAAUUCUUGUUCCGAUUCUGUGUCAAUUUCUUCAUCAUCAUGCUAAAUCCUCGUUUGGUUCCAUUGUUACUCUUUUUCUUUUUCCCCUGUUUUUUCUCUCUUCUUUUCGUUUCUUCAAUUCGAUUACCCGGUUCGGAUGAAGAUAAACCAACGUUUGGAUCGGUUUUUCGAGGCCAUAAGGUGAAGUUUGAUCCCACACGUGUUACUCAGCUCUCGUGGAAUCCUAGGGCUUUUCUGUACAAGAAUUUUUUAUCUGAUGAAGAAUGUGAUCAUCUUAAAACUCUGGCUAAGGAUAAGCUGGAGAAAUCUAUGGUGGCGGAUAAUGUAUCUGGUAAAAGUAUACAAAGUGAAGUCAGAACAAGUUCUGGGAUGUUUCUCAAUAAAUUACAGGAUGAAGUAGUUGCUGACAUCGAAGCACGAAUUGCCGCAUGGACAUUCUUUCCCAUAGAGAAUGGGGAGUCUAUGCAAAUUUUGCACUACCAACACGGCGAGAAAUACGAACCACAUUUCGAUUUCUUCCACGACAAGGCUAAUCAAGUACAUGGUGGCCAUCGUGUGGCGACGGUGCUGAUGUAUUUGUCUAAUGUUGGGAAGGGUGGAGAAACAGUUUUUCCUUACGCCGAGGGGAAGUUGUCGCAGCCGAAAGAUGAUAGCUGGUCGGAAUGUGCUCACAAAGGAUAUGCAGUAAAACCUCGGAAGGGUGACGCCUUAUUGUUCUUCAGUCUUCAUCUGAAUGCAACUACAGAUGGUAAUAGCUUGCAUGGAAGUUGUCCAGUGAUCGAGGGUGAGAAAUGGUCUGCAACAAAGUGGAUUCAUGUCGCUGACUUCGAGAAACCGAUACAUCAAGAGGAAGAUGAUGGAGAGUGCGCGGAUGAGAAUGUGAAUUGUGUUGCGUGGGCUAAAGUUGGCGAAUGUGAGAAGAAUCCAACUUAUAUGGUUGGUUAUGAAGGAGUUAAAGGAAAAUGUAGGAAGAGUUGCAAUGUUUGCUCUUCUUAGGAUCAUCAUGGUUUCUGUUAUAAACUAGAAAUUGUAAUGAAAGAAAGAAAGAGAAAUUAAAAGAAUAGAAAGUGUAAUGUUGAAAACUGCAUAGAAAUUAAGAAAAGAAUUCUCCUCAA